UAUAGGCUAGGCCAAUCCCAUGAGCCGUAUUAGGCGGUCACAUGUAUCCAUUUCACUUAAACGCGAAAAAACACGUCGCGCCUUGCAUGCGGAACCCCACAUUGUCCGCCUCAAUUCAACUACCGUUGCGGAUUAUCUCUCGUGGCCCAGGAAUUGGCGUCCCAGCCCCCUUCCUUUGUUCAAACAUCCAACGUCAAUCCCCUCAACGUUCUGUCCACCGUCCUUUCCCUGACAUCACUCAUUUCUCGGGGGGUUAAACAUCUGCAUUGGAACAGCACUGCCCGUACAUUUCGUUUCGCAGAACCCCUAAAGCCCGGAUAAGCUUUUCAGGACAAACAUGUCAGCCCCCCGAACCAAGCGCCAAUUCGCCGGCGCAGCAAGUGAUCCGGCGCAGCGACAGAUCACAUCCUACUUCUACAAGGGCCCCGAUGGCGCCAGAACGAGCCCCGACCCCGCGGCUGCGGCUGCGGUCAUCUCGCCGGAGCUCCCAGCCCAUGUGCAAUCCAACCUCCUGAACGUCGGCAUGCGGGUCCGCAAAUCCGUGCCCGAGGGCUACAAGACGGGCAGCUCGUACAGCGCCUUCGCGCUCUGGGCCGACGCCGACGCCGACGCCGGCUCGUCCCCACCAAGCACGGCCCCGACCCCGACCCCGACCCCCGCGGCGGGCUCGGCCUUGUCAUCCCGCCGCGAGCUCCUUCCCUUCUGCGGCAUCCACAAGGUGGGCGGCCUCGCGGCGCAGCCCGCCUGGUCUCUGUCGCCGUCCGCCACCGCGACAGAAGACCACCUGAUCCUCCUCCCCGUCCCCGCCCUCGACGACGUCCCCUCCCUCACAAGCAGCCAGGAGUCUGCCGCCAGCACCGACGACGACCACCACCCCGUCAUCCCCACCAUAUCCGUGACUGCGGCGGCGGCGCGCGGCCCCGCGACCGGCAGCAACAGCAACAACCGCAAGCGCGCCUUCGUCGGAGACGAAGGCGAGGGGGAGGUGCCGGCGCCGUUCUCGCGGCCGCAUGGCCUGGGCGUGUGGCGCGACCGCGCCGAGUGGCUGGACGGCGAGGUCAGCCCGCGCAGCCUGGCGCCGGCCGGGUGGGAGAACGCGAGGGUCAUGGCGGUGGCGAGGCGGCGGUCGUCGGGGAAGGGAGUCGCCCGGGCGGCGCUGCCGCUGGAGGACCUGGGGCAGGAGAAUAUGGCGGUGGAUGAUUUCGGAGAGGCCGAGUUCCUGGAUUAUCGGUAUGGGCGGGAGAUGGAGGUUGAGUGAACGGGAAGGGGAAGUGUAUGUGUUUUGCUGAUGGUAUGGAAGAAUCUGGGGUGAUUCAUUGGGACGGCGGCUUGUGGCUCAUGGGAGGCCCCGUGUCUAGGGUUGGACUUUUUGUGCUUUUCCGAUUUUGCUGCAUUUUUCGCAAGGUGUUUGGAGUCGGGUCUGGCCGCGGCUGACAGAUGGAACCCAUGGGUCGGGAUACUGUAAGAGAUAUAAACAGAUACGGCAGGCUUUUCGGAAGCUAGGUAGCUACGGAGUUCACUGAUAAGGAGGUAGAAAGCAUCCUACGAUUGCUAGUUAGAAUGGC